CAAUUUUCAUCUCUUGCACUUUCCCCCACUAAAUAGUAUUGGGUACAAAAUAGAACACUGCAAAAGGCCCGAACAAAGUUUUGUUUUCGAGAGGACUUGUUUGAGUAGCCGUUGCUGGAGCAUGACGAUGGCUAUGGAAGCUGAAACCCAAGAGUUGGUCACGCCAGGACAAGUAUUAGGUAAAGCAUCACAAUUGAAAGCUGGAAAGGGGGCUUACGUUUCAACUGAGAAUGGCACUGUUUACGCCUCUCUUACCGGGUUCCGUUCUCUUAUACCUCCGCAUUCCGACGCUGUUGAUCAGAGAUCAACAGUCGAAGUUACUGGUCAUAAAGCCCAUGGAGCAGUUCCUAAGCCUGGUUCCAUUGUUUUUGCUAGAGUUACUAAGGUGAUGGCUAGAACGGCAUCGGCAGACAUAGUGUGUGUUGAUUCCAAAUCUGUGCGUGAAAAAUUUACUGGCAUUAUUAGGCAACAAGAUGUCAGAGCAACUGAGAUUGACAAAGUCGACAUGCAUUUGUCCUUCCGACCGGGUGAUAUUAUUCGUGCAUUGGUGCUAUCACUUGGAGAUGCAAGAGCAUAUUAUCUGUCAACUGCGAAAAAUGAGCUGGGUGUUGUAUCUGCUGAAAGUGCAGCUGGUGGUACCAUGGUUCCAAUUAGUUGGACAGAAAUGCAGUGCCCUCUAACUGGUCAAGUAGAACCGCGAAAGGUGGCCAAAGUUGAAACUUCUUCUUCAUUCUUCACUGAGAUUCUAGAAUCCAGCAUUCUGGCUUGCUUGCUCUUUUCCUUGUCCUUUUCAGGCCUUCGUUGCUGCUCGUUCUCAAUCCUUAUCAUCAUUUUGGAUUUCUCUGGUUCAGCUCCAAUUGGUCUUUGCAUUCAUAUGGAUGGAGAAUCAACUAAGAUAAAACCAGACUCAAAAUCGCAUAUUGGACUAUGUGAGCGAGGACGUCACUUGGAUACUGGAGACUCUAUGAGCAUUUCAAUGACUCCAUUUGUUGGUGCUCGGUUGAAGGAAUUUGGCGUACACAUUGUGUUCAAGGCUCCUACUUCCUCUGUCGUCAUGACUUUGAUAUUCAACAAAACUGUUCCAUUUAUGGAUGGAAUUCAGUGGUUCUUCAAAGAGAGUAGCGGAUGGGCAUCAAUACAGGCUUGUUCCAUUCCCAGAUAUUUUUUUGGAAAAUAUGAUUGGGUAAGGCAAGAUGCGAAGUGGCGAAAGAGAAGGACAACCACGCAACUAAAAAUAUGGCUCUCGCCCAACUCCAGUUGUCAAAAAGUAAUACUAGUAAUUCUCUUCUCUUGUGCUUCAAUGGCUUCCUCUAUCUCACUUCAUCAACACUCAUCUAUCUAUUGUCUCUUUUCUACUCCUACUCUUCGUUUUGGCAAAUACCCACAUCAUAUCAUCUCCAUCCUUCCAUCAUUUCGCAAGAAUUUCCUCAAAUUUCAUACACGUACAACAGUACCGUUUGCUGUUACUGAAUCUGAUUCCCCCAAAUCUCUUGAACCAAACCCUCAAACACUUGUACAGGAAAUCGCUGAGAGUUUUGUUCUACCUGCAGACUUUUUUUCGCAGCUUCCCAGUGAUCUUCGCUUAGAUCUGAAUGAUGCAGCAUUUGAUCUUUCAAAUGGGCCAGUUAAAGUUGAGUGUGGUGAAGAGGUUGGAGAGACAUUGUUAAAUAUAAGUCGAGCAUGGGAAAUGGCUGAUACAUCAACAUCCACAGCUUUAGUGGACAAGCUGCCUUUAUUGGUUGGCUCAUUGACAGGCUCUCAAAAAUCAGCAUUUGGAAGGCGCUUGUUAUCAGCUGGAAAAAGGUUCCAGUCCAUGGGACAAUAUGGCGAAGGUGAAUUGCAGAAGAUUGCUAAAGUUAUGAUAAAGACUGGAAAGUUGUUGUCUGCAAGUCCAGUAUCUGGGGUUGAUGUUGAAGAAUUUAAGCAGCAAACCAGGAUGUUCAAGUUUGGGGAUCUUCAGGUUGAAUUGACCUCUGGAAAGGCCUACACUGGAGCUGCCAUUGCAUUCAUCUUUAGUUUUCUUUCUUGGGAAUUGGGCCAAGGCAUACAGAGCAUACCGGAGAGCUCAUUACAGUAUGCAAAUGACAAUGCUUUAUUGCUUGCUAAGUCUCUGCGAGCAUCUCUGCUUGUGAUGUCCUAUUCAUCAACCGUUUUAGCUGCUUUUGCAAUGGUGGGACUUAUUUUACUUGGGGGACAACUUAAGUCGGAAAAUAAGUGAGAAGACAUUCCUGUUACUGAUACACUAAAAUGUGGAUCAACAGACUGUUACUGGAAUUCCAAUGGUAUCAGUAGACUCGGUUGGAUUAACUAAGCAUCUUACUUUAAAAUGGUGGCCUCCUCGAAUUUGAGUAUAAUAGAGGUUCUUUGCUUGUAGCUUCAAUGUUGCAUCCUUGCUUCUGGCUUACUGACUGCAAAGCUUGUUGAAAAUAUUAUUUGGCUUCUUGGAUCUUUUGUUAAUUUUUGUUUUAGGCCAUGUCUUCUUCCAGUCAAUGUAUCAAUAUUCCUUGUGAUCUUCUCGUGAUGUGUUUCCUCAAGAGGGAUGCUUCUUGAGGAAUUUGGUUGUUUUGUGUUGUCUCUCUGUUAGCAUAGAAACACUUGUCUCAUAAUUGAUAAUGUCAAGUGUCUAUCAUAAUGUCAA